AACGAACAGAAGUUCAAACCUGUAAUUUAUUGGCUGGUAAAAGUUACCAAAUCACAGAAAGUUUAGAAAUUUGGCUUGAACCAUCUUUGUGUUUAUGUUUUCGGGAACAAAAACAACGGGCAAAAUGGGAGGAUAUUCCUUAUAUUAUUACCACGCCUCAUCAGCGUCUAAUUUACGGCAUUAGCCUCAGCUCUAGUGUCGUCUUGAUGAUUAAUUAUUUACGAGUCAUAUUACGAGACCUCACUCGAAAAAGUAGUAAAAGAAAAGUGCUUUGCUAUCGUCCAGCAAUUUCAGGCUUUGUUGACGAGAAUGAGAAAUAUGUAGAAAUUGGACAUAUAGAUUUAUGCUUGGCUUGUAUUGCCCGAGAAUUUGAAAUUGUUAAGG